CAGAGCACCAUUACCAGGGAAGCAGACAAAGAUGGGCCCUGGUCUCAUACAGUCAGUGCUGGGAUGAGGCACGGAGCGUGGACAGUACCUGGGCUGUGACCAGGUUAUAGAUCAUUACCGCAAAGUUGAUCCAGGAGUCUCCAGCUGGGUGAUAAUAUUAUUGUACACAGCAGAAAUCGCGCUAUAAGUGGAGCAGGACGCAGGACACCAGGAGCAGGACGCCGGGAACACGGAGCAGGACGCAGGACACCGGGAACCAUGGAGUCACAGCCUCUCCUGGAGUCACAGGGUGCAGAGAAGAAUGCGCGUUUCUGGGUGUGUGUUCGCCGCGCACUCUUACUCCUCUUCUGGGUGUCGCUGGCUCUGAUGACGGGUGCGGCCAUAUUACUGCUUGUGCGAGCAUACGAGCCCCCACCCCGGACAGCGUGGUACCAGCGUUCCGUGCUCUGCUACACCACAGGACCGCAGCCUAGCAACCUGACCGAGCUGAGGCGCAGGAUAGAGGAGGUGUCUGCGCUGGGGUGCGGCGGUCUGAUCCUCGCCUGGGACAAUGUGACGGAGCGCAAUCUGAGGAGUCUGGUGGCUGAGGGACGGUGGCACAAUCUUCACAUUAUGCUGGAGCUUCAGCUGCUGGAUGAAUAUAACGUGCAGCAGAUCCAGGAUCUCGGGGACGCUGCCAGGAGCUGGAUAGAUGAUGGAGCCUCUGGAUUCCGCCUGUCCGGGGGGCAGCGAGAGGCUGUGAUAACGGUGUCGGAUAUUCUCCGCGAGGAACUAGAAAAUGUCACCGGAGAGGAAAGGCUCAUCCUGCUUCCUGAUUGGCUGUGUGCUGAUACCGCCAUCAAUAAGUCCCAGAUCUUCCACACCUGCCCCUUUCCUGACUGGAACCUGCAGGAUGCCCCUGGGAGGUCAGAGGUUGUGCAGACUGCCUGGGAGGUGUCACCCGGGGACAACGAUUCGCUGGGAAUGCGACAAUUUAUGGCGGUCACCCAGCCGGGAACGGUCAUCCUGUCACUCAGCCAGUCGCAGCCUCCCCCAUCCUGGCUCCGCUCCCUGCUCUUCCUGCGUUUCCAUAACCCCGCCCUCUACGCGGGUUGGCUCCAGGACCUAUCUAAUAACUCCUCCUACAUCGUCUUGCGUCACUGGGGUUGUUCCACUCUUCUAGUCGUUAUUGGCCGUUCAGCUUCACAGGAAAACGUCUCUCUGCACAUCCCAAACUACGCUCCAUCGGCGCAGCUGCUGCUCUCUACCAUUGGCCGGAGCAGUAGAGGUCAGCUGAUGGUGGAUACCGUGCUUCUGGCUGCGGGGGAGGCACAGCUCCUCCGCCUCUCCCAUGAAGAACUCUAACGGCCUCAUAGACCCCCGCUGUCUCUGUGCUGCAGCUGCGGAACCGUUCUGAUGUCCAUGGACAGAUUCGUAGGGUUGCGGACCAGACGCGGUUCCUACCCGGGGAAUCUGCUCUCUGCCUGUCUGAUACAGCCGUCCGGCCAGGGGACCGUGAUCCGCGCACGCAGUCCAGGCUUCUAGGGACAGAAGCCGGCGAAUGUUAUAGAUAACGCGGAUUUAAUGCUGGAUAAAAAAAUAAAUAUUCUUUAUUAAUAUCA